CUCCUUUGAACGUUCUGGAAAGAAAUCAAGUUCUUGUGUUCUGUCGGUCGGUCGGUCGUCGCGUGUGUUGUUGUAGAUGAAAAUAAAAUAAAAAAAAAGAAAUUUGUUUUAAAUUAUUAAAUUGUAUCAUUGGCUUUGUUUUGCUUUUUAUUUUUUUCGCAACAAAUUGGAAACGGAUUAGAAUUCUCGAAAAUGGCUAAGAAAUAAUGAACGGUUUUGUUCAUAAUCUACCACCACCCCCACAGCUUGAAGAGUGUGCUAAUAGAGAUUUGCAAGGAGUUUUGGAAAUAGAAGUAAGCCACAUAAGUUUGGGCGAAAAGCAAAGAAAAUCUUCAGAAGAUACGGAAAAAUUGUAUGACACAACACCAGCACCAUCAUCGAAUAAUAAUAAAAGUUUAUUGUUGAAUGAUGACAAUUAUUGCAACAACAACAAGACCAAUAAAAAGAAUGUCGUUUUCGGGUGUGUAAAUGAAAUUCAUACAAAUCUAAACGUGAAGAAAAUUAAUGAGAAACAUAGCAAAAAUUCGUUUACAAGAGAUAAUAUAUCAAAUUGUGGUACUUGUGUACAAGUGAAAAUUGUAUGGUUUGGUGAGAGAAGUGAAGACGCCGCUAAUAUUUUCGUCAGCUGUGGCUCAUCGUCGCAAUCGCCAUUGAAAAGCCCAAGAAGUCCCCAACAACAUUUUCGAAAAAAGAAAUAUAAACACUGCUGUCAGCCUUUUGUCGUUGUAUCCACCGCUGCUGUCAACAAUAAAUUGCGGUAUCGCAUCUGUACGUGUGGAGCUCUAUUCUUAGAUUACUUGCGCUCUUGCAAACCCAUUCAGAUAAUUGUCUCGAGCAGCAGCACUACGAGCACCAACAACGGCAGUUGGCCAACGACAACAGUCCUGGGACAAGCACAAUUGCGACUGCCUUCGGUACUUCUAAGAAAAUUUUCAUUUAAUAUUGCCAAAGGUCAUAAUAAUUUUGAACAUAAAACAAAAAUAUACACCCUAUAUAAAAAGCUAAAACAGCAGCAACAACAUCAGACAUCUUCCUCGUUAUCUGUUUCGCCCUCGCGGGAUUCCGUUAAGUCCGGUGAAAUACAACUACGCUUCAAAAUGAUGUUCGCCCCAGCUGCGGCGGGUGACAUUCGUGCCCAUGCCCAUGACACUCAAACAUGGUGUCCUUCGGAAAAACUCAUACACCAUCAUCACCAUCAUACUCAUAUGAUGGUAAGUGGUAAAUCAAAAGUCACCGAACAUGUUGUACAAGGUGAAAAAUCCAAACGUUUAUCAUCACAAGCAAAAUCCGAAGAAAUUGUUGAAGCCAUGAAGAAACUAGACGCAAAAUUAGUUGCCUACUUGGCUGGUGAAACAGAGAUCACCUCAAAGCAUCAUCUUGUCAAUUGCGAGCAAGAGAAUGAGGUCAAUUUGAAUCUGGAACAAAAUGAUAACAACAACAAUAACUUUUCGGUACGCAUGGAUGAUUUAUCGCCCGCUACAAAAUUGAACAUAUUCAAGAGUAUCAAAGGGAUUAAAAUUGAAAUGGAAGCCCUUACCCUACAGCCGGAAGGCACUAAAUGCAUGGACCUAAUGCAAAACGAAAUUCGACCCAUUUUUACUGUCGAAUGCCAGUUAUCCAAUGAACUUAUUCGUAAGGUUCCGCGCUGUGAUAUGUUCCAUUUGAUGCAAUUUGAGUCAGAAAAAUUCCACAGCCUCACUCAAUGCACCCGAUUCGGCCAGGAAGAUGAACGCUCUGUUAUCUUGGAUUUGGACGAAAAUGAUAAUGAAUUGGACGAAGUCAAUUUGGGUCGCCUCUACUUUACCGUAUGGUGGCGCGAACCUGGCACUUGCCUGAACGAAAUGUUGGGCAUGGGUGUUUUAGAACUAUCAGAUCUAUACAAUGCCUCACUGCUGGAACAGUGUAAACGCAUCGAGAUUCAGCGUCGGGAUCGUAUUUUGGCUUGUCUCUAUUUCAAGAUAAUACUUCAACGCGACUUGAAGGCCACCAGCCAACAAAAAUCGUCUGUACAAAUGAAGCGGGAAAUCUUUUUGCCCAAACAAUCCAGCUGUGAUAGUGGCGAUGAGAAAUCACCCUCUCAUACUUCAAGUGGCAAACAGAAUAAGCCAUCCCCUGAUGCUAUCCAAUCGUCAGCACAAUCUAAUUUGUCUACUGACAAAACAUCUACAGAAAAAGCCUGUGCACAAAAUAACAACACAACUAAGCUACAAUUAGCAAAAACUAAUUUUGAUGAUGAAACCAGCAAAAUUCGUCUAUUAAAAGGAUUUAUUUAUGCCAACGAAGCACGCAACUUGGAGAUGGAGCUACAGCCUCAGAAGAUUCUGAUUUGCCGACGAUUUUGGUUGGAUUCGCCUGCAGCGACCAAGGCUGAUGAUGCCAACAAAUUCAAUUAUCAGGAGCAAUUUUCCGUUAUAAAUGAUGAGAAGUUCCUGCAACGUGUCGAAAAACAGUAUUUGCAUUUGGAAUUGUGGCAUCGCAUGAGUUCUGAUGAUGGAAACGGCAAUCGCGAUCAAAACAUGCAUCCUAUAGGUGUAGUUCGCAUACCGCUACAUCAGUUCUUCAUAGCUUACAGAGAUGCGGCUAUAACGAAUCAUUUGUGCAAAGGGAAGCUUCCAGUUAUAUCCAUUGAUUCGUGGGCUCCCAUCAUCAACUGGCAAACGGGCAGUAAAAUUGGUGAAUUGAAAUGUUUAUUGGCUGUAGGCAGCGAGGAGCAAAUUAGAAAUCUUAAAGAUUCUCGAGGUCUCGCUAGCAUACUUCUAAAGUCAGAUACUAAAGCUGCCGAAUCGUUACUAGAAAAGGAUGUUCUAAACAAGUUACAACCCUUACAAAUAAGCACCACAUCUAAGAAUUCAAAUAAUUCUCCAGUGACAAGCGCACAAUCAAGUCCCCUAUCAAAGAGUGUGCCAACAUCAUCUUCAGCUUCAAAAAUUAAAAAAACUUCUGAUCUUUUGGAUAUGCUGCAAAAAGUACUUAUGACACCUCAACAACCACCAACAUCAUCCUCGACAACAUCUACAUCAUCGUCAUCGUCAUUAGCCCAAGAAGGUACUAAUGUGGUUGCUAAACCAAACUUAUGUGGCAGCACAGAAACUAUGCCUCAUACAUCAUCAGCAAGUUCAACAGCUUUGAAACCUUUGCAGCCAUCCAAUCUUAAACUUUUCAAAUUUGCUUUGGAAAUUCAAAAGGCAAUAGGCUUACCCCUGAAUCCGGCCUCCAAAUCUAAAAAGGGUUCCAAACAACGUAACGCCUCAAAAAGGUUUCCCCCAAAUGAGCCACCAAGCACAUAUGUAACAUUCCAAGCAGAGGAGGGAUCAUAUCCCACAUACAAGUCACACGAGGGUAUGGUUUUUGCAACUAAUGUUGUGGAAAAAUCGGCACAGCCGCAGUGGCAGCAACGCUUCCGUUUGUCGGCAACUGUUGAUUAUCUAAAUAACCCACAGAAACGGUUUAUUUUGAAAGUCUGGAAGAAAUCAGCAUUGGACAUAUUACAAGGGCGCAACCAACCCACACCUAUGGAAGAUGCUAUCAUGGGAUUUGCAGCACUUGAUCUUACUGCCUUUAGCAAAGGUUUGCACAUUGCUGGUCGCUUCAAUAUUGUCGAUUUUAAUGGACGCAUAAAUGGCCUAUUAGAAAUCCGUUGUCAGCCCUUAGAAGAUAUACCAAUACAGGGGGGCGCCGUCAACCUUCCUGUAGCUUCAACGAGUAGCAGGCCUCAAGCCACGGGUACAGCAGCUACUGGUGCUGCCGCUAUUGCCGAAGGUCAAUCGGCAUCAGUUGAUGCGGUUAUAGAUCAAUUUGAGCAAACCCUAGAUUUAACCCAUUUAAAUUUGGGACAAGCUAUUAAGCGUAAAUUUACCGAAUUGGAAGGUAUAUCACAGCGUUUAAGAGCUCGCCUGGGUGAUAUCACAGGAACUGACAUACCAACAUCUUUUAAUAUGGAGCAGUUUGAUUCGUGGCGGCCCGUGCCAUCCGAUAUUAAUGAUAAUGAUUUGGAUGAGUUUGAAAAUGAUCUCAAUACACCGCCUGCAGAGGAAGAAGAAGAAGAUGGAGAACAACUAAAACAAGAAAAAUUUAAAACAGACAACAAAAUUUCCAGGAACUCCCAAGGGAAUCGUGCAAACGAUAACGAAUGCUCAAGUGAAUAGUGUUUGUGGUUACGACAAACCUUCGAAGUCUGUCAUUUUGAUCAUAAUUGCACAUUAUUUAAGCUAAUCAUAAUACCCUCACUAGUAAUAUUCACAGUCUACACCUCCGCGUACUUGUUCUUCUCCUUCUUGAGCACCCGCUGCACUUUGUUAGGCAACUUAUGUACUAAACUUAAGGAACUAUAUUCAUAGCAUCACCGGCAUCAUUACAGCCACACACCCCCACAUCACAGCAAGACUACAAGCCCUCCUUAUAAACUAAGAAGCCAAAUUACCGAGUUCCCUCAGUUGCCGUCAUGACAGAAGAGCGCAUAUUAAUUAACGCCAUAGUCUAAACAGCAAUGAGAGACUCAUUCUCCUCCUUUGUUUUAUUUGUUCUCUUCAAUUUGUACUUAGCCAUGGGGACAGAUUUUGUGAAACUAAGCAAAAUGGAAUAUAAUUCGAAAUUAUAAGUAACCACAACAUAAUUAAGAGGAAAGUGAAAACUAGCAUUAGAAAAUCCAACAAAAAGCGUGAUUUGUUUUUAUAAAACAUAAAUGUUUCUAAAGAAAUUGCAUAUAUUUGAAUUUUUGUUUAAUUUUUACCGUGAGUUUAAUUAGAAAACCUUAGUUUUUAUCAUUAAUUUACAAUAUCUUUUAAUUUCCUUAUAGCAAAGCUUAUAUAAAAUAUUAAUACACAUACAUAUUUUUUAGUUUUAAACAAACAAAUUGUUUAUAUAAUUAUUUGUUAAAAGAAAAUAAAGAUACUGUACUUAAAUCCACCCAUGUGCAUGCAUAUAAACGUAUAUAACACUCACCCACACACACACACAGAUAUAUAUACAUAGUCAUUAGUAUUAUUACUAAAAUCGUACAAAGAAUCAAACAUAAUGGUCCGCAUCAGAAGAAUGGAAGAACAAUUGAAGGCGGUCUAUGCAUAUACACACAUGAGUACAAUGUUUGAAUACGAUAUUAACUUUUAAUAACUUAACUAGUAUUAUGCACACAUGCAUAUACUCCCCUUUAAUAUUGAUGUUGAAUUAUGAAUUUCUUGAUAAAAUUACACAAAUAAAAAGA